AGAAGUUUGUUUUUUACAUAAAAAGCGAUGAAUUAUUAAAAGCUGCUAUCAGUUUAAUUUUGUCACUUGUGAAAAAUAUACUCCCAUAAAUUACUAAAAUUAAAAUGAAGUCAAUCUUAGUAAUUGCUUUGUUAGCUGCUUUUGCUGCACAAAGUGUUCUUGCCGGACUAACACCAGAACAAGCCAUGGAACACGUAACGUUUUGCAAAAAAGAAUUAAACUUAAAUGAUGCAGAUUUUAAGCAAUUAGUGCAAGCUAAGACUUUUGCUGAUGUUAAUGAAAAAUCAAAGUGUUUCUUCAAUUGCUUCCAAGAAAGUGAAGGUACAUUGAUCGAUGGUGUUCUGCAAGAAGAAAAGGUUAUGGAUUUAUUUAUUGGAACUGUUGGCGAGAAGAAAGCAAGGGAAAUUUAUGAUAUCUGCAAAAAAGAGAAGGGUGCCGAAAAGUGUGAAACUGCAUUUAAAUUACAAAUUUGCUAUAGAGAAAAUGGUAUUUUCUAAAAAUGUAUGAAUACAAAUGAUGUAACAAAAAAAAAUAA